AUGGCAUACAAUCAUAGAGUAAGCCAGCAAUUCCAUAGCGGGCAGCAGCAGAAUCGGAGCCGCAGAAAGGAAGAUGACAGCGACGCUUUAAUGCGUCUGCCAGACAAGGAGAUCGCAGGGUGUAUAAGCGACAUUGGAGUGCCUUUCACAGCCGCGGACCUGCUCAAGCCGAACCCUCAACAAAUACAAAUGGUGCUAGAAUGGUUCGCCGAACUUCUGAUGAACACUACUCGCGAUACGGUCGACCCAGCAAUGCGCGCAGCAGCACAGGAUAUCUGUGGUGAAAUGUCCGAUAUCGUCCCCAAUGAUACACGCAACUUGAUGGGAUUUUUUAUCAACUUAAGACGACUGAUGAUUGAGUGCGGAGUCAACGAUUUUACAUUCUCUGACCUCACGCGACCUACACACGACCGUCUCGUGAAAAUAUUUUCAUAUUUGAUUAAUUUUGUCCGGUUCCGUGAGUCGCAAACCGCUGUCAUUGAUGAGCAUUUCAACAAAGCCGAGCGCACGAAAGCGCGUAUUGAGACCCUCUACGCCGAAAACCAAGAAAUCGACGAGCGAGUGAAUGAGAUGCGCAGGAAUCAAAAAUCGCUUGAAGGCCAAGUCAAGGAGAAAAUGCAACGCAACAAUUCGUUAAAAGCGCGCUUGUUAAUAUUAAGUCAGAACCAGGCCAAAAUAACGGAGGAGCUUGAAAAAGCAAAAACCGACAAGGCUAAAAGGCAGGCAUCGCUCGAAGAGAAGAUGGAGAGAGCUAUCAGGACACGACAGGAGAUUGAAAAACUGCGUCCAUACGUGCAGCAGAGUUCGGCCAGUCUACAGUCUUCUCUCACAGACUUAUCUGAAAACCUAGCCCGUGAAAAGAGUCAAGUGGAUGCAAUGGAGCGGCGGUUGAGGGCUUUGCAAACAUCUAUAGACACUUUUACUGUCGUUGCCAACGAAGUUCAGGCUUGUGUCAAAGUUUUGGAAGAUAUUUCCGUUGAGCUGCAAAAAGAAGAGGAGGAAGAUGCUCGUGCGGCCCGGAAUAAAGACGCCAUUUCAGAACGGGGCAAUAAUGUGCGUGAAGUCGCACAAACCGAGAAACUUCUCCAGAGACAACUAGCCCGUUGGAAUGAGAGGAUCGAAGCUCUUCGCAAGAACAGCCAAGAAAAACAGGACAUCGCACAAGCUCGGAUGGAGGAACUACGUAAUACACAAAGGCAGCUCAGGGAGGAACGCGCCGAGAAGCAGAAAGCGAUGGAAAUUAAGAGGAUACGCAUUGAGCAGACGGAGAAGAAGAUGACGGAUCUCAAGGAAAACAUUGAAAACGAAAUCCACAGAGCACAUGACGAGUAUUUGAAGCUGGAAUCCCAUAUCAAACUAUAUAUUACGGAAAUGGAAAAGUGUCUAUAA